GUGGCUUUUUGGUUAUCGCUUAAUGGCCUCUGCUGACAGCUCAUUGUUAUGUUUUUGUGUUUGUCGAAUUUUUAAGUGAAUAAAGUUGUGUUGUUUGUUGUAUUUAAAUAUUUAUAUCGAGAUACUUUCACAAAAAAUUGGAAAUUGAUUAUUAAAUUUAUAGUUUCCACAAAUCCAUAAAUUUCUUGAAACAGUUUAACAAAACCUUCCUUGUAAAAUGUCUGUCAAAGUUUGUGAUAUUGAAGAUGAUGUCAAAGACGCUUUAAAAAAGUUCAGAUUCCGUAAACAUGAAAACAACACAGCUCUUAUUUUGAAAGUUGAUCGUGAGAAGCAAAAAAUUUGCAUUGACACAAUGGUGGAGGACACAUGUUUGGAUGAGUUGAGAGAUAUCCUGCCAGAGCAUCAGCCUCGCUUUUUAGUGUACAGCAGCCGCAUGCAGCACAGCGAUGGCCGAGUCUCCUAUCCGAUGACCUUCAUCUACAUAACACCGAGAGACAGCCAAAGAGACCUGCAGGUGAUGUACGCUGGAACGAAGCUGGCUCUGCAGAAGGAGGCCGACCUGACUCGGGUGUACGAGGUGCGAGAGUUAGAUGAGAUGACAGAUGAAUGGCUGGCGGAGAAGCUCAGCAAGUAAACCACCAUCUAGUGCUCAAUCGCUGCACCGUUAUAAUCGUUAUAUUCCUCUUUUGAAAAAAUCAUCAAUAUUAAGUUUCUUCAAUUUAAUGUGUGUGUAAGAAUUUUGAUUCAUUACAUUGAAGAUGAAAUUAUGUGUUUCAGUAUAUUCUCAUUGAAAAUUUAAAAUAUUUUCAUGUAAUUUUUGUUAGCCCUGAAAACAAAUUUCAGAGAAAGUAAAAAUGGAAUAUAUUUUGUUUUGGGCUUAUCCUUGUAAUUAAAAAAAAAUUUAUUAGUUUUAUUACAAUAUUUUGCUGAUAUAUUAAAUGUACACUUGUAUUUUUCAAAGCACUCAAAAGACAUAAUACUGUGUCCCUACUACCUCCAGACAAGUCAAUACUCUUGGGACCACCUUCUUCUGUUUUAUUAUACCGAAAUAUUAUGAUAUUAACUCUAUACAUGGCAUUUUAUGAUAUUAUGUACAAUAUACUCAGUAUGUAGCAUUCAAUAUUAGCCAUGUUAUGUGAUUUAAUCACUGUACUUUUAAAAAUGUUUUGCUACUAUUUUAAUAAUUAUCGCCAGUAGUGUUACAACAGUUGUUUGUAGAUCUCACUCUUGUAUGUUAUAAAAGUUACCAAACAGUCACUAAUAAUUGUCAUUGUGGUUAAAAUGCUAGUUAGUGCUGAGAAGAUUACAUUUAAAAAAAUUGUUUGUCUACAUAACAAUAAUGGUUAAAUGCAACUUGUAAACUUUAGUAGUCAUAUUCAGUUGAUUGUAUGACAUUGAAAGGUAGUUGUUCUGCUGUUACUUAUCCCUAUGAAUUUUAAAAUUUGAAAGGAAACCAAACUUGUUUAAACUUUGAUGUACUAUUUAACCCAUUGCGGACUACUGACAAAAUAUCUUAUCAUGCUGUAGUUGGGCCUAGCGGUGGCGAGCUCAGGUCGGAAAAGCAAUCUGCUUUUAAUUUGGCUCCUAAUAGUUCUAAUAAUGUCUUGUAGAUUGUGUGAGCAUCAUUAUUAGUCUACUGAAUGUUUAUUUUUUAAACAAUGUCUUUCUCUAGUUUUUCAAACUCGUUUGUAAAUAUUUCAUUUACAAACAACUCAUCAGAGUUGUGGGUCUGAGAUGAUGUGUUCCUUGAACAUGUAAGGCCUCACAAAAAUAAAAUUUCAUAAUUAUUGGAGCAGUUGUUUAUAAAUUAAGUAUUUGAUUCCAAUAAGAAGCUGUUAGAAUGUAUGUUUGUAAAUAUCUACUGGAGACAUGAAAUUGGAAGAGAGUAAUGUGGAAACGGUCUCUUGAAUGUAUAUUCCAUAUUAAGUUGAUGAAGAUAGGUUCUAGUUGCUUGGUUGUGAUAUUCAGAGACUGACCUCUAGCCUGUUACUCUCUGGUUCCCCAGUCUCACCUUCAGGCUAGCAGGACUUAAUGUUUGGUAGGCUAAUAUCAAUAUCUCCAGUGUUUCCCGUUCUGACCAGAUCCAUGAUAGCAGCACUGAGAUAUCUAUGCACCACUGUAUAUGGUCAAGAGUUCUAGUAUUGUUCACCCAAACAGGUGUGCCAAUUUACUCGUGGGAAUGUCACCUCAUUCGGUUAAUCUUUUUGUUUAUGAACAGCUGCUGGUAAAAUCUCUCUUUCUCCUUCUUUUCUCUCCUUCUGCCCAUCUCAUCAUUCAGAGAUCAAAUAUUCUCUGGUUUCGCCAGUGUGACAGCACCACAUCUUUCUUGGUGUCCAGGAUAUGUUCUCCUGCAGAUUCACUUUUUCUUAGUAUCAACUCUCAGAUCACGCCACCAUCCGUUCAAUUGCACUUUCGUGUUUAUACUUUUACUUUCUCACAGUUUUGUUUCCGCUCUACUGAGGCCAGUUAUGUUUUUUAUUUACCAAUAGCCAAUCACGUAUUUAUGGUUUCACAUCAGUUUUCAAAACUGCAUAAAUUAUUUAAAGAUGUAUACCUUGAUUUGACUGUAAUGAAAAUAAAAAAGCUUUAAUUGGCUAAUCAUUAAAAAUAUAAAUGACUAGAUGUUUAUAAGUUAAUCCACAAUAAUAUACACUUGUAUAGAUUUUAAUUAUAGGCAAUUACAGGAACUUCACUGUUAUUAUUUUUUAGUAUAAUAAUAUGUUUACUAAAUUUGUACAUACCAUACAAGUUAAGUAAUAUAGACAAAAUAAAAUGUGUAAUUCUGUAUUUUAGCCACGACAAUUAACCCUUUUACUGCCGACGUGCGCGAUUGCGCACGCUGCCGUUUGUGCGAAAAUCGCCAACGUGCGCUAUAAAAGCCGUCUCGUAUUUGUUUUAUACUGGUUUUCAA